AUGGGAGCUAACAAGACGGCUCAAAAGGUUUUGCAAUGUGGACUAUGGUGGCCUCACAUCUUUAGAGACUCGUGGGCAUUUGUGAAGACAUGUGAUGCGUUCCAAAGAAGUGGAAACGUGUCUAAGAAGAAUGAAAUGCCCCAACAACCCAUACUUGAGCUUGAAAUCUUUGAUGUUUGGGGCAUAGAAUUCAUGGGACCUUUCCCUUCCUCCCGUGGGAACCAAUACAUACUUGUGGCAGUAAAUUAUGUGUUGAAGUUGGUGGAAGCAAUCGCCUCCCCAACAAAUGACCACAAGGUGGUGGUGAAGCUCUUCAAGAAGAUAAUAUUUCCAAGAUUCGGGGUUCCUAGAGCGGUUAUAAGUGACAACGGGACACACUUUGUGCAUGGGGCUUUUCAAAGAAUGCUUCGCAAGAAUGGAGUCCAUCAAAGGAAAGAUUGGUCCGACAAGCUCGAUGAUGCACUUUGGGCAUACCGGACAACUUUCAAGACCCCUAUUAGCACUACCCCAUACCGUUUGGUCUACGGGAAAGCAUGUCACCUCCCGGUCAAAUUAGAGCACCGGGCUCAUUGGGCAAUCAAGAAGAUAAACUUUGAUCUAGCAAGCGCGGGGGAGCAACGGAUUUUGGAGCUUCAUGAGUUGGAGGAGCUUCGAAUGGAUGCAUAUGAUAGUGCAAGCCUCUACAAAUCGCGAUCCAAGGAGUGGCAUGACCGAAAAAUAGAGCGAAAGGUGUUCAAUGUUGGGGAUAAGGUCCUCUUGUACAAUUCUAGGAUGAAACUCUUCCUCGGUAAGUUGGUGUCAAGAUGGAGGGGACCAUUCACCGUCAAGGCGGUUCUACUUUCCGGGGCGGUCGAACUCUAUGAUUCGAGUGGAUUGCAGUCUUUUAAGGUAAAUGGGCAACGAUUGAAGAUAUACUAUGAAGGAGCCCAUUUUGGUGUGAUUGAUGUAUUCAAAUGCAGUCACAAGUGUUAA